UCAGAACAUUUCUCUUUAUGUUGUAAACAUUACAUUUACCUGUUACUGUUACCAUAACAUUUUUACCUGUUGUCAAGCUUGUCAAAAGAAUUCUGGAACAAAAGCCUGGAGGUGAGAAAAUCCUUGCAAAAUAUACAAUGACAGGAGAGAUGAAGGACCGAGCACGCCGUGAUCUCGUCAGCAUUGUUGUUGCUGAAAUGUUUGAAAAGUAUGGACGUGCUCCCCCUAUGGAUAAAAGAGCACAGUAUGCAUUGGGGAUAGUAACACUGUUCCCCUCUCUAAAAGAUCCCUACUCCAAAAAAGGCUAUGAACACUUUUUUGACAUAGACAGCAAUGAGGGCUACAUUGCCUGGAAGAUUAAAAACACACAGCGAGAACUCAGCAAUGGCGGUACCAAUGGGGGUAGGAGAAGGAGCUCUCACACUACAGGCAGCAGCGGACCAAACUUAGAGAGAGAAGUGACUAAAGUGCAGCAGUUGGAGGGAGACCAGUGUCGAGAGGCCAUAUCUCUACUGAAACACAGCACAGACAACGAACAGACCUUCAUGAAAAUGAGAGAAACCUUCCAGCACAGGCAAAAGUUGAUCCAUGAUCCUGAGCAAUGCAGCACAGUGCUUACUGUGUUCCCAAGGUUUCUUGACACAAAAGGCCUGGUGGCGCAAGACUUUGACCUGUUGUUUGGAGCUGAGACUUCAUCAAAACUCCUUGAGAAAUGGGAUUUCCUGAAGGCCAAAGUAAUAGAGCAAGCCAAGGACAUCAGCAAGACACCCCUGCUUGACCAUCUCAUCCAGUCUGCUGAGGAGAACACUGAUGAGGAUGACGAGGUCCCAGGUUGGGAUAGUGACAUGGCCUCACUGCUACUGCUGGUCUACCUACUGCCACCACCUCCAAGUGGAAAGAAGGGAGCUGUAAAGAUCAGUACCCGGGAAGCUGUGGACCAUGUAGUCAAAUUUCAUAAGUUGUCUGUUUGUCUUGCCAACGUAUUGGAGUUUGCAGGGACAUGUGCUAAGUCAUGUCGCAGCCUUCAGGAGCACUCUGGUCCAAACCAGCGGAGGCAGCCCUACAUCCUGGCAGUUGGGACGACAAGAAAGCACAUCCACGAGUUCUACAUUGCAUUGGAUGGUGAUCUCCUUCCCUGCAAGGGCAAGUCUUCCCUGUCAGCCUUUGAUGAACUUUUCAAAGCACAUUAUGUUUUCGGCAUCUCCUAUGACCAGGCCUUAAAUGGCAUGUACACAUUUGUGCAGACCACCAUCUACAACAUUGAUGUAGGUCAUUCUCACGAAACUCCCAGAGUCAAGGACCUAAGAGCUAAGCUCCUCAACUAAAGAGUUAUGAUGUUCAGAUGCUUUGUUUGCAAGUCUAGUUUUGUUACCGUUCAAAUGUUGAUCCGUCAUCUCAAAGUUUUCCAUGCCUUUUAUCCUGGUAAGAAGUUUCAGUUGAUGUGUGACCAGACUGGAUGCCACCAGAGAUUUUGGACUUUUUCAGGCUUUAGAAAACAUCUCCAUAACAAACAUAGCGCUAAAAGUCUAGAUCAAUUUGAGAACGAACCCGUCAUAGUUGACGUAUCUGAUGAACCCGUAGUUAAUUUAAUUCCAGAGCAACCAGAGAAUUCUCAAAGCUGUAAUGAGACCAGGCAACAUACCCAAGAAAUGUGUGCAUCCCUUAUUGCAAAUCUCCAAGGCUGUGGUGUGGCUACUAAUGUCAUAACGACUGUUGUUGAAAAUAUGGAGGAACUUGUAGAGGAAUUGCAUUCAAACGUUAAAGAUGAUGUUGUAAAAUUACUCUCUAACGAUGAGGAGAUCAGAACAAAGUUUGACGAUUAUUUUGACAACCUUGAAAAUCCAUUUAGCAAACUGAACACUGAGGCAAAAAGGAAAAAACAUUUCAGUGAGAAAUGGGGUAUUGUAGAACCUGUUGAGGUAGCCCUAGGAGUGAGGUAUGACACUAGAAGGAAUCGAACUACUGGCACAUAUGAUCAAGUUCCCAUAACAGACAAAUUUGUUUAUAUUCCUCUAUUGCAAACUUUGAAGUUCAUAUUCACCAACCAAGAGAUCUGUGAUCAUUUUGUGCAGCCUUGUGAGAAAACUGGGUUUUACAAAGACUUCUGUGAUGGUAACUAUUUUAGAGAUCACCCCCUCUU